AUGUUUCGCUCUGCCGUCGCAAAGUCUGUCCUUCGCGCGUCUGCGCGCCCCUCUACCUCUGCAGCUGCAGCUGUAAGCAGAGUAGCUGCCCGCCCUGCGCUCGCCCGUGGAUACCACGAAAAAGUCAUCUCACACUAUGAGAAGCCACGAAACGUUGGCUCAUUACCCAAGGCUGACAAGGACGUUGGAACCGGUCUUGUCGGUGCACCUGCAUGCGGAGACGUUAUGAAGCUCCAAAUCCGCGUCAACGAGGACGGCAUCAUCUCCGAUGUCAAGUUUAAAACCUUCGGCUGUGGCAGCGCCAUCGCAUCCUCAUCAUACAUGACCGAGCGCGUCAAGGGCCUCUCCCUCGAGGAGGCCGGCAAAAUCAAGAACACAGAGAUCGCAAAAGAGCUCGCGCUCCCACCAGUCAAGCUCCAUUGUUCAAUGUUGGCCGAAGACGCAAUCCGCGCCGCUAUCAGGGAUUACCACUCCAAGCGGUCAAAGAUGUCGGACCCGAAGAAAGCAGCGGGCUUCAUCGAUGUCUCACAGAGCGUCGUCACCGGCGAUACCGUCGCCACCGCCCACCCAGGGCAGGCCUAA